AUGGACUCCUUCAAUACUUUUCAUAGUCUCAUUAAGGCUGUGACUCUACAUGCCUGGAAACAGGAGACCCUUGAAGGCUAUCAAGGGGGUAUAAACCGUUUCCGUUCUUUCUGCGCCUCCAACAAUAUUCCAAUCUCCCUCCCAAUCCCUGAAUGGGUCCUCUGCGCUUUCGCGGCCCAAAGGGCAGGCACUUGCUCUGGCUCAUCAGUCGCGAACGACAUCUUCGGCUUGCGGGCCUGGCACAUUGCCAACGGCGCUAUAUGGCUUGGCGGCACUCAUUUGAAAUACAUGCUGCGUUCAGCGGUACGCCUCACACCCGAUUCCUCAAAACACCCACCUCGUCCUCCAGUCUCCUCGGAGAUGCUCGACGUCCUUCACGCCUCCCUCGACAACUCUAUCCCUCUCCAUGCGUGUGUGCUGGCAUGCGCCGAUGCCGUUUUCUGGGGACAGGGUCGUCUUGGCGAGUUCCUUCCCACUUCUCAGUCCCGCUUCUCCCCAAAAUUCUUCCCCACUCCAUCUUCUCUUCGCAACCUUUCAUCCUCUGGCGAAUCCUUGAUGUGCCGCUUACCCUGGACCAAGGUUGCAAAGGAGAAAGGGGAAGACAUUUUUCUGGGCCGCCAACUGGGUGCCUCAGACCCCAUUUCUGCUCUCUUAGCGCACCUGGUGGCAAGUCCAGCUAUUCUCAGCGCCCCCCAUUCUUCUCACCUGUUCACAUAUGAUGUGGGUGGGGGCAAGCUGGUCUCUCUCACUAAGCGCAAAUUCCUUCUCAUCUGCAAUGCAGUCUGGAACACUCACAACAUGCCGCACAUCUCCAGGCAUUGCUUUCGCAUAGGGGGCACCAUGGAACUUCUCCUGCGCAAUGUGCCCCCUCACAUUGUCAAAGUCAUGGGCCGUUGGUCCUCAGAUUCCUUCCUCCGCUAUUGGUGUCUGCUCGAACACAUUGCCCCACUCCACGCUGAGCUUCUGGGCCCCAAGCUUACUCCCCUCCUCGCUCAUUCACUUCGUAGCUCCUCGGAUCCAUAG